ACAAUAUUGCGGUAGUUGCAGACAAACUCUGUGCGAUUGUUUUCUUACAUCAGACACACACAUACACUGAGCUGACUACAGAUCAAGAUGGACUAAUUAAACAAGUGGAAUCGAACGUCAGACCUGCUUGGUUAGAAUGAAAACCUGUAGCCAGACUGUCCCUUUAAAGAGAAAAUUGAAGGCCCUGGCAUUAAAAAAAAAAAAUCAUAUAUGCAAAAUGUAAAGCUCCAGAAAGCAAUUACUCACUCCCCCCCUCCCUGGCCCGAAGGCCGUGCUAUUUACAAACGUGCACUGCAUCAUUACAUUACAUUUGUGCUCUGAGCAACUGUUUCAAAGCUAUUAAGAUAGAGAGAAAAGGGAGAGAGAGGAAGAAGAGAGACACACACAGAGAUAGGAGAGAUAUGAUAGAGACAGGCAAAUGCUCCAGCCUUGCACAGCCCUCUCCCAGUCUCUCAGCUGAUCCAGCAUUACAUACCCAGUGUAAGGAAAUGGUAUCACCCUGUGCCUGCUCCAUAAGUAUUUUUGGGGGCUACAGUGUGCGGGACCGAAGUCUUUCAUCAGCUGGACUGUGUGUAUCUGUAAAAUCAGGGCAAGCUGCUUUACCUCACUGCAGUCCAUCCCCAGCCAGUCUGCAGCUGCAAAAUAGCGUUAUGCAGUCACGAAGCCACCAGAACAAGAAUUUUUAGAGAGCAAAUCUGUACUACUUAUAAAGAAUCCCAAGAGCCCAGAAAGUGAACAAGAGCGUGCAAGAGGGUGAGAGCGGGUGAGAUAAAGAGAAGGGGUGAGAGUGGAUGUUAAUGCACAAAAAACUGCAUCAAAUCAAUGCACUGCUUGAAGCAAAAUGUGUCAGCAGUACAUUUGCACUUCCACUGAAGGACAAAAGGGGGAGUGAGAGCACAAGCCUGUGUCUCAUCUGCUUGCUACAAUGCAGCGGAACAAAGAUUGAGCCAGAAACAGCAGCAGGAGAGAGAGAGAGAGAGAGAGAGAGAGAGAGAGAGAGCGAGCAGGAGGGAGGGAGAGACUUUCAGAGAGAAUGAGAAUGCUGUUGCCGUGGGGAUGCACUUUUUCCUUGCCAGAACAAUCCUCCAGCAGCUCGAGCCAGGCGCCUGGGCAGCCAACACGGGGCUGAGCUCUCCAAAACUGCUCUCAGCUAAGGACACUCAUCUCAGCUCCAUACAAUACAGAUACUUUCCAGAUCAAUGCAGCGUCAUAGCAGGGGAGGAGAAGGUCUCUCUCACGCUCCUCUCUCUCAUUCAAGGGAACGAGAGAGCAUGCUUGAACGCAAGUGACAGUUUUCUGCAGUGAACAAGCCUUAACGGAUUCUUUUACUGUUACUGCUACCUCCAAACUGGUACCUUCUGUCCAACCUUUAUUGAAGAAUUCGACGGACUGCAGUGAGAGCAUGUGAAGAAGGGUGCAGCUGCCGCCAUAUGCGAGUGUAGAGCUACAUCAGGGGGAGAAAAAAAAAAAAAAAGAAGGGAAAAAAAAAAAAAAGAAAAAAAAGAAAAAACUAAUGACUGCAGUGCGUGUGUCAGCCUUUUUAACUGGGCUCCACACAGGCAAAUGGACAAGCAGUGACAGGAGAACAUCAGCAACAGGAAAAAAUAAGUGGAAAAAACUGGAGGCUAAACAAAAGGAGAGGAGAGCUUUUGAAAAGACGGUGGAAUUUUCAUGCUUCUUCCUCUUACCACCCCCUCCCCUUUUCCCCCUCUCCCUUGGUUUAGUGCAUGCAGGCAUUCUCCAUGGAGAUUUAGAAUAGGUAUUUAGUGGUGGCAUCAAACGACAAUUUCCAAGGACAACCAUCUGCGGACAGAGCGUCAACAAGCAAAGGCGCAUGCGUCUGAGCAAAACUGGAAUGUUAUCCUAGCCUAAAGCUCUGUGAGCCUGAAGCUCUAUUGCUUCAUAUACUCCUCUGUGGAUUUAUUAGUAAUCAUUUUGUUGUUCAUCUUGUGUUUUCUACCAAAAAAGCCCCAAAAAGGAUUUGCCUUUGGAUACAGGAGUAAAAAUAUGCACCUAUGUGAUCAAAAAAUGGACCUGUAAAUUCAACGAGGUAGGUUUCUGGUCUUUCCAACCCUUUUUACACAUACAGUCUGUUAUUUCCUUCUAAUUUAUUAAUGCUUGGCUUCUGCCCACCGAACCCAUCCCUUUUGCUCUCAUACACCUGUCAUUGAAAAUUACCCCACCCCCAGUACAGUAAAUGGCAAACAGAGUCAGAGUUUUGCUUAACCCUGGGUAGGGCUAGCUCUCUUAACUGGAGACAAAUCCCUCCCAUUAUUCCCUUUUUACCACCAUCCUCCCCAAUCUUGCUCCCUCCCCUCCCCAAGACCAUGUUGAAAUAUGAGUGUGCCACAACAUGAGUGUCCUGGAGCGUGUAGCUGCACAUCGAGUCAGGAAAGCUGCCCUGCUCUUUGUCAUCUUUCUCAUGGUGCAAGCGCAUGUGGAGGAGGUGGUGGGUGCACUGGGGACUCAGGGUUGCCCCCCUAUCUGCUCCUGCAGUAACCAGCUCAGCAAGGUGGUGUGUACCCGCCGUGGCCUCACUCAUGUGCCCCCCGGCAUUCCCACCAACACAAGACACCUCAAUCUAAUGGAGAAUGCCAUUGAGGCAGUGCAGGCUGACUCUUUUCGCCAUCUCCAUCACCUGGAGGUGCUCCAGUUAGGACGCAAUGCCAUCAGACAGAUCGAAGUGGGAGCUUUCAAUGGGCUGACCAGUCUGAACACCCUGGAGCUCUUUGAUAACCGGCUGACUGUGGUGCCUAGUGGGGCCUUUGAAUAUCUGUCUAAGCUGAGGGAACUGUGGCUCAGAAACAACCCCAUUGAAAGCAUCCCAUCUUAUGCCUUCAAUCGUGUGCCCUCUCUCAUGAGACUGGACCUGGGUGAGCUGCGAAAGCUUGAGUACAUUUCUGAUGGGGCCUUUGAAGGUCUGGUCAACCUCAAGUACCUCAACUUGGGUAUGUGCAACAUCAAAGGGGAGAUUCCCUACUUGAACUCACUGCUAGUGCUAGAGGAGCUGGAGAUCUCUGAGAACUUUUUCCCUGUGAUCAAGCCCAGCUACUUCAGAGGACUGACUUCACUGAAAAAGCUAUGGAUCAUGAACUCUAACAUAAGAAUAAUUGAACGUAAUGCAUUUGAUGACCUGUCAUCACUGGUAGACCUAAACCUAGCCCAUAACAACCUGACUUCUCUACCCUAUGACCUCUUUUCCCCACUGAGGUACCUGAUGGAACUGCACCUUCAUCAUAAUCCCUGGAACUGCGACUGUGACUCACUGUGGUUAGCACGGUGGCUGCAUCAGUACAUCCGUACAAACUCAACCUGCUGUGGCAGAUGCCAUUCACCAGCACACAUGAGAGGCCGUCAGCUGGUGGAUGUGGACCAAGGAGACACAGAUGCAAUGCAGUGUUCUGCACCCUUCAUUUCUGAUGCUCCAAGAGACCUCAAUAUUUCAGCUGAUCGAGUAGCAGAGUUUCGAUGUCGAACAGCAGCUAUGUCAUCAGUGCAGUGGUUUUUACCAAAUGGUACGAUACUGACCCAUGCAACUAACCACCCACGCAUAACCGUUGUUAAGGAUGGGACUUUAAACUUCUCAAAUGUGCUGGUGGGUGACACAGGCAUGUACACCUGCAUGGUGUCCAAUGCAGCUGGAAAAUCCAACGCUUCAGCUUAUCUAAAUGUGACUGCAGCAGAACUGAAAACAUCCAACCUCAGCUACUUCACCACAGUUACAGUGGAAGUUCUCAACCCAAUGUUCAACAUGCCCAAAUCCCGGACCACUACAGAAGCAGAUCAAAGCACCACAACCACUACUUCACCUUCAGUCUUUCAACCAGUUUUCAUUUCAACGCCAACAGUCAUCCUCCAAAGCACUGACAUACCACCAAGCCGCCUGCCAGCCACGCCCACGACAAAAGUGACAACAGGGAAGCCGUCCAAACCCACCAGUACCAGUCUGGAUGAGGUGAUGAAGACUACUAAGAUCAUUAUUGGCUGUUUUCUAGCAGUAACACUGCUAGCAGCAGUCAUGCUAAUUGUGUUCUAUAAACUGCGGAAGCGACAUCAACAAAGGAGCACAGUAUCAGCAACAAGGACUGUAGAGAUUAUUAAUGUAGAUAAAGAAGACCUACCACCACCUGCAUCUGCUGCCAGUAUGUCAGGGGACGGGGCAUUGAAACUACCAGUGAUAAGAGAUCAUAACAGCAUUCAGAAAUUAGAUUACAUCACCCACAAGUUAGACUACAGCUACCACACACCUGAACUCAAAUCAGAUUACAGCAUCCACAAACCCAAACCUCAUUUUAGCACCUCCAAAACCAAAUCAGAUGAUACUACUGACAUUCUGAAGAAAGACUACACUAAACACCUAUCCAACUUUGAUUACAACACACUUGCAAUAGUGGACUACAGUUCUCACAAACCUUCUACAAACUACGCGCACAAGUCACUGCCUGAUUAUCACAUACACAAAAAAACCAACCAGAGUCCUUACAAACCGGGAUUUAGCACUUAUAAGCCUGACUACAAAUCUCAAGCAGUCAAACUGGACUUCAGCCCUUUCAAAUCAGAUUACAGCAUUCACAAACCCAAAAUGGACUACAGUAUGCACAAGCCCAAAUCUGAUUACAUUCCUAACAAAUCUGGCAUCAGCUACAGCCCCUUGAAGAUGGAUUGCAGUCAUUUUAAACCAGACUACAGUGCAUUUAAGACAGAAUACAGCCCACUCAAAGCAGAAUACUUUAGUCACAAACAAGACUUGAGCCCCCAAAAACCUGAAAUGGAUUACAGCCACCAUGAGAUAAAAUAUAGCACUCAGAACUCAUACAAGCCUUGGGGACAUACAAAUAAAUGGACAGAAAACUGCAGCACUGGAAACUCCCUUCCACGAACUUUACCCAGUAUCAGCACUAUGCCUGAGCCUUUCAUCAUAAAAACACACAACAAGGAGAAAGUACAAGAGACUCAAAUCUAGUCCUCGUCUAAAAGAACGCACCCCCUCAGAAAACACACAUACACACACACACAUACGGGGUGGGUUCUUUUAGAGAGAAAGUGUGUGUGUGUGUGUGUGUGUGUGUGUGUGUGUGUGUGUGUGUCUGGGAAAACCCGUGGAGUGUUGGCAAACAGACAAAAAUAAAGAAAAUUGACCAAAAUUGAGCUUUUCUGCCCAUAACAUAUGUAUAAAAAUAUGUGGAAAUAUUUUUCUGUACUUUCUAACAUUGCCUUGGCUAUGAGCCUGCAGAGAUCAGUUUAAUAAACACAAUCAAUCAAUCCUAGCUAAGUGUGAUUUCCUCACAAAGUGAAUGUCAGAUUUUUGAUCAAAUUGUUGGACAGUUACGUUCCAUAACCAAACAGACUCAUGCCUAUUCAGUUCAUAAACAGAGCUGUCAAAUUGUCUGCAACACAUCUGGGCCAUGACACCAGAAAAAAAGCACUUCUUCAUCUGAGGUAAAAACUUUAAAUUACCUAAUGAGAAAAUGGAAAUUUAGACAAUCAAUGAUUCUGUUCCCACCGAUAUACAAACAGGCAGUGAUGAGUUGAUGGUAAGGUGAUGAUGAGGCUCGUAUUUAAAUCCUAUUCCUAUCCUGAAUGAUGUUUGCCCCAAGUGAUGAGAGAGAUACUGAUGUGGAUGAUGACUAAAUAUGAGAAUAUUUACUCAAUUCUCAUCAGAAAAUUUGAUAUUUUGAUAAAAAGUGUCACUACUCCAAGUGUAGAGGUAGGUAAGGUGCUUGCUAUAGCUUGUCUGCUCAGGAUAAUAUUAUUAAAUCAGAUUAAGAUCAUUUCAAAUGAGAUAAUAUAGAGGUGAGUUACUGAGGACUCUAAAAUAGUUUAAAAUGUUAUUUUCCAUUCUUAGGUAAAAUACAGAAUAUUAUUAUUAAACACUGAAUGCUACUGAAUGGGCUGGACUAAGCCUCUCAGUAGGUUAUGAAUAAAAACUGCUAUGUAGAUAGACCUAGUAUUCAUUGUCAUAUUCACAUUUUGUAGCUCUCAUUUACUACAUAUUACAUUUAAUUUAAGCAAAAUUAAUACAUGACACUUGCUUUUAGAUAAUUAGUUUUUGGAUAUAUUUCAGGGAAAUCAGAGUGGAAUUGUAAAUGCAAAUAAGCGCAAAAGAAACACAAACAUCAGGUCAGGAAAAGCUGUAGGUUUCAGAACUUCAUGUUUUAAAACUGUCAAAAUUUCACCAUAUGAAGAAGGAUUUUCCCAGGACACCCCACCCACACAAACACGUGCACGACCACGGGCUGGUGAUAGAGACGCAGAUUACAUACAAUGAACACUUGUUAAAAACUAUUUUCUACCUUGUAACGUCUAUUUAAAGAGGAGUUGUUUAAAAUGCCACCCUGAAUUUAAGAAAUGAGGGUAUUGUUUUCAAAGGACAUUCUGUGCAAUUUCUAAACUAUACUAUAGAGAAUGCAGUAAAACAAAAGAAAAAGUAUUGAAAUUAUUUAUAUUGAUAAGAUUUUCUUUAAGAGAAAAAAGACCUAAGUUGAUCUUUACAGAUUUAUCUUGUAAGCACCAUGAAUUUGUACUGUGCCAAAUGUCGUAAAUGCAAUAAAAAAUAUUUUUCCCCUUU